CUCUCGCAACUCGGGGAGUAACAAGUGGCCGAGACCACCAUCAGCUGGAACAUGUACUCGCAACCAGCUGCCUUGCUGGGGCAAGGGAUGCCGCCGCCGCCCGAGCCUAGCGGCUCGGGGGACUCCAUCGCUCCAUGCAAAGCCCCAAUUACCAUACAAUGGCACACCCAUCAUAGGACCUGGAAGCCCAGGCUAAUCCGUAAUCUUUCUCGGCCGACGUAUUCGGUCUUUUGGGACGGGGUUGCUGACACCUCCAGAUUUGUCUCAGUUUUAUAUGAACCGGGUCUGCCGCCACCCGGAUCCAUCGAUCAACAAGAUCCUGGGCAGGGUUGUAGGUUGUUGUUUAUUCCUUUUUAACAUCAGGAUCCCCCCGACUGAAAGGUUACCCUCGACAUUUCCCGAUUAACUCACUCGGCGAUCUGAACCUUCCAACCUACCAGGUCCAUGGGUGACAGGCCAUCGUCUAGUCCCAAGUUUUAAACUGAUUUCAGCCGACAUCCGACCCCACGAAGUUGCCAAGUGACUUGGCAAUCAACCGUCCCGUAUAACAGCAACCCUCACAGAGUUAUUCCAACUGGGAUUGGGCGUUGGAUUGAUACAGCACACAAACGCCGGUGCUUGCCCCUAAUGGCGGCCGAGGAGGUUUCGGAGAAGCGCGCCGGCGCAGCCGGCGCGUCGUCACCGCCCCCUUCCAGCGGCAACAGCCGUGGUGGCAACUCCACUGAGGACGCCCGGGCCGAGAAGGUCGACAUGUCCAAGGUCGACUCCAAGGUGCUGCAGAAAGCCGCCGGCGCCGACGAGAAGGAUGAGGACCCCUACGCUCACCUGCCCGAAGGCGAGGCUGCAGUGCUCAAGCAGCAGGUCGACACCCCGUCCGUUAAGGUCGCCUACAAGACACUGUACCGCUACGCCUCCACAAGCGACCUGACCAUCAUCGCUGUCUCGUUUGUCUGCGCCAUCGUGUCGGGCGCCGCACUGCCACUCAUGACGGUCAUCUUCGGUAACCUGGCCGGCGUCUUCCAGGACUACUUCCUUCGGCGCAUCACAUACGACGACUUCAUGGGCACAAUGACGCAGCUCGUCUUGUACUUUGUGUAUCUGGCCAUCGCCGAGUUUGUCACCACCUACAUCUUCACCGUCGGCUUCAUCUACACUGGCGAGAACAUCAGCGCCAAGAUUAGGGCCCACUACCUCGAGAGCUGCAUGCGCCAGAACAUUGGCUUCUUCGACAAGCUCGGUGCCGGCGAGGUCACCACCCGUAUCACCGCCGACACCAACAUGGUUCAGGAAGGCAUCUCGGAGAAGGUCGGCCUGACCGUCGCCGCCAUCGCAACCUUUGUCACCGCUUUUAUCAUUGCCUUUGUCGUCUACUGGCGCCUCACUCUGAUCCUGCUGUCUACCGUCUUCGCUCUGCUUCUGAUCAUGGGCAGCAUCUCGGGUUUCCUGCAGAAGUACAGCAAGCUGGCGAUCGAGUCCUACGCCCUGGGUGGAAGCGUGGCCGAGGAGGUCAUCAGCUCCGUCCGCAACGCUGUGGCCUUCGGCACCCAGGACCGCCUCGCCCGCCAGUACGACAGCCACCUUACCAAGGCUGAGGCCUAUGGCUGGCGCCAGAAGGGACUUCUCGGCGUCAUGGUUGGCGGUAUGAUGCUGGUGCUAUAUCUCAACUACGGCCUUGCCUUCUGGAUGGGUAGCAAGUACCUGGUUGAUGGAAUCAUCCCGCUGUCCAGUGUGCUCACAAUCAUGAUGUCCGUCAUGAUCGGUGCUUUCAACAUUGGCAACAUUGCCCCCAACGUCCAGGCUUUUACCAGCGCCGUCGGCGCCGCGGCCAAGAUCUACAACACCAUUGAUCGCCACUCGUGUCUCGAUGCUUCUUCGGAUGAGGGAAUCAAGCUGGACAAGGUCGAGGGCACGCUCGUGCUCGAGAACAUCAAGCACAUCUACCCUUCGCGCCCCAACGUCACCGUCAUGAAGGACGUCUCGCUUACCAUCCCCGCCGGCAAGACCACCGCUCUAGUGGGCGCGUCGGGCUCGGGCAAGUCGACCAUCAUCGGCCUGGUUGAGCGAUUCUACAAUCCGGUGCAGGGUAAGAUCUACCUGGACGGACACGACAUUAGCACCCUGAACCUCCGUUGGCUGCGCCAAAACAUCAGCCUUGUGCAACAGGAGCCUGUCCUCUUCAACGUCACCAUCUACGAUAACAUCAAGCAUGGCCUGAUUGGAACCAAAUUCGAGCACGAAUCCGAGGAGAAGAAGAAGGAGCUUGUUUUGGAAGCCGCGAAGAAGGCGAACGCUCACGAUUUCGUCAUGGCGCUUCCUGAAGGAUAUGAGACCAACGUCGGCGAGCGUGGAUUCCUGCUAUCUGGAGGCCAGAAGCAACGUAUUGCUAUUGCCAGAGCCGUCGUUUCGGACCCCCGGAUUCUUCUUCUCGACGAGGCGACCUCUGCCCUGGAUACUCGCUCCGAGGGUGUCGUUCAAGCUGCUCUGGAGACUGCCUCGGAGGGAAGGACCACCAUCAGCAUUGCCCACCGCCUGAGCACCAUCAGGGACGCGCACAACAUUGUAGUCAUGUCUCUUGGCGAGAUCGUCGAACAGGGAACCCACAACGAACUGCUGGAGAAGCAGGGCGCGUACCACAAACUUGUGACUGCUCAGGAGAUCGCCCAGGUUGCCGAGCUGACCGCCGAGGAGGAGGAGGCCAUUGAUGCUGCGGGCGAGGCGGCUCUGAUCCGCAAGGCCACGUCCAACAGGGAAGGUCCGAGCGACGCUCCCAUUGACCCCGACGACGACAUCGGCGCCAAGAUGCAGCGGUCCGCCACGGGCAAGUCGGCUUCCAGCCUCGCGCUCCAGGGCCGCAAGACGGAGGAGAAGAGGAAAUAUCCGCUCUGGCAGCUGAUCAAGCUCAUCGCGUCCUUCAACGCGUCCGAGUGGAAGCUCAUGGUCCUCGGUCUUUUCUUCAGCAUCAUCUGCGGUGGUGGCAACCCGGUGCAAGCUGUCUUCUUCGCGAAGCUCAUCACGGCGCUCUCGGUUCCGCUCACGCCUCAGAACAUCCCAACACUGGAGAGCGACGUCUCGUUCUGGUGUCUGAUGUACCUCAUGCUCGCCAUCGUGCAGUUCAUCGCGUAUGCCGCCCAGGGCCUGCUCUUCGCCAAGUGCUCGGAGCGCCUGGUCCACCGGGUGCGCGACCGGGCCUUCAGGUCGAUGCUGCGCAUGGACAUUGGCGAGUACGACAAGGAGGAGAACACGGCCGGCGCGCUGACUUCGUUCCUCUCCACCGAGACCACGCACGUGGCCGGCCUCAGCGGCUCCACGCUCGGCACCAUUCUCCUGGUCACGACGACGCUCGUCGCCGCCUUCACCAUCGCCCUCGCCGUCGGCUGGAAGCUCGCGCUCGUCUGCAUCUCGACGGUCCCCGUGCUGCUAGCCUGCGGCUUCCUCCGCUUCUGGAUGCUGGCGCACUACCAGCGCCGUGCCAAGCGCGCGUACCAGGUCUCGGCGUCGUACGCCUCCGAGGCCAUCACGGCGAUCCGCACCGUGGCGUCGCUGACGCGCGAGGACGACGUGCUCCGCCAGUACAAGGAGUCGCUGGACCGGCAGCAGCAGGCGUCGCUCCGCUCGGUGCUCAAGUCGUCGACCCUGUACGCGGCGUCCCAGUCGCUGACCUUCCUCGUGCUCGCGCUGGGCUUUUGGUACGGCGGCAGCCUCAUCGCCAAGGGCGAGCUCAGCAUGUUCCAGUUCUUCCUCGUCUUCAGCUCCGUCAUCUUCGGCGCGCAGUCGGCCGGCACCAUCUUCUCGUUCGCGCCCGACAUGGGCAAGGCGGCGACGGCCAGCGCCGAGCUCAAGGCGCUGUUCGACCGCAAGCCCCGGAUCGACACGUGGUCCGAGGACGGCGAGCGCGUCGCGUCCGUCGAGGGCACCAUCGAGUUCCGCGACGUGCACUUCCGCUACCCGACCCGGCCCGAGCAGCCCGUCCUCCGCGGCCUCAACCUUCAGGUCCUUCCCGGGCAGUACGUGGCGCUCGUCGGCGCCUCGGGCUGCGGAAAGUCCACCACCAUUGCCCUGCUCGAGCGCUUCUACGACCCGCUCGUGGGCGGUGUGUUUGUGGACGGUCGUGAAAUCAGCUCGCUCAACGUCAACGACUACAGGUCGCAGAUCGCGCUCGUGCAGCAGGAGCCGACUCUGUAUAGUGGUACCAUCAAAGAGAACAUCCUCCUCGGCGCCCCCGGCGACGUCUCGGACGAGGCGGUCGAGUUCGCGUGCCACGAGGCCAACAUCUACGACUUCAUCAUGUCGCUGCCCGAAGGGUUCAACACGCUGGUGGGCAGCAAGGGCGCGCUCCUGUCGGGCGGGCAGAAGCAGCGCGUGGCCAUCGCGCGGGCGCUCAUCCGGGACCCCAAGAUCCUGCUGCUCGACGAGGCCACGUCGGCGCUCGACAGCGAGUCGGAGAAGGUGGUGCAGGCGGCGCUCGACAAGGCGGCCAAGGGCCGCACCACCAUCGCCGUCGCGCACCGGCUGAGCACCAUCCAGAAGGCCGACGUCAUCUACGUCUUCGACCAGGGCCGCGUCGUCGAGAGCGGCACGCACGGCGAGCUCAUGAAGCGCAACGGGCGGUACGCCGAGCUCGUGAACCUGCAGAGCCUGGAGAAGAAGUAAGGGGGGGUGGUGUCUGUUCUCAUUCUCCCUUGGGGUCUAAUCAUUUUUCUAAUGUCUUUUGCCAUUUCCUUGAUGUCGUUUACACAUCAACGUUUUAUGUGCCUCCUAUCUCUUUCCUUUCCUUGUACAUAUUGUCAUCGCAUCUAGAUCGGCGUUCAUGGCGGCGUGCAGCUGAAGUUGGAUAGAAGCCACGGGGAAAAACCACGUGGCAGAUGUGGGAUGAUAUCGCGGAUACAUAGACUACACACGCGCCUCUUGCGUGUCUUAUUAUAAGUUUUAAAUAUGUGCAGAGAUGCACCUGCAAUAACAUUCUAUCCUCUUAUUAUCUUCAUACUAUACUAUGUCAAUGGAGACCUCACC